GUGCUGCGCCAACUCCAACCCUUCUGCUCAAGUACAUCCCUCUUGCUUCGCACUCUGUCAAUUCGAUUCAAGAAUCCUGCAGCGAUUCGUGGUCGAUUCUUUCCUUUUCUUCUAAUACCCAACAGCACACUCCUUCAUCAUGUCCUCUCGUCCCUCCUCACCCGCCAAUGGCCCCGCCGCGGCCAGCGGUUCCAGCAUCAGCCGACCUUCUUCUCCCACUCCUCCCGGCGGACCCCGAACUGCCAUCCGUCGACGUGCUGCUGCCGACCAGAAGGAGAAGCUUGCCAAUGCUAGGCCAAGCAGCACACGGGCCGCCGGCGCCGGCGGCUCCAGCAGCACCAUGCUGAGACUCUACACUGAUGAGUCUCCCGGACUGAAGGUUGACCCCGUCGUUGUUCUUGUUCUGUCUCUGGUUUUCAUCUUCAGCGUUGUUGCUCUGCACAUCAUUGCCAAGAUCAGCCGCAAGUUCUCGAGCUGAACGACUUUUCAUGCAUGGGAAAUUCUAAGUGAUGUGGAAAGAGGGGGGAGAGAGAGAAAGAGUGGUGUACCAUUUGGAGGGAAAACGGUUCCAAGAACGGCGCAGGUUUCUAUAAAAUACCAUAUCUAGCUGCCACGAGGCUGACUGCGGAGGAAAAGGGCUCUCACGUGUGGAUGUAUGGAUUCGGUAGAUCCAUUCUGCCCACCCUAAUCACCAUGGAGUCUGAGCGACCAUGACAUUUUUUUUUGUAUUAUAUGAGCAACAAGGUUAUUCCAAUUUUCGUAUGCGGUUUUUUCCGUCUAUCCAAGUCU